AUGGCCGACAAAUACAUCCCCGAGCACCGCCGCACGACGUUCAAGGCCAAGAGCGCGUUCAAGCCGGACGAACUCCGUCGUCGCCGUGAAGAGCAACAGGUCGAGAUCCGUCGAGCAAAGCGUGAAGAGAAUCUUGCCAAGCGCCGUGGUAUUUCAGGACGAGACCAGCCCGGUGCCUCACUGGGCGCUGCCCCCGACAGCGACGAUGAGGGCGGCAACAUCGAGAGCCAGCUGAACGAAGAGCUCCCCCAGAUGGUCAAGGGCGUCUUCUCGGAACAGAUCGAUGAGCAGAUCCAGGCCACAACCAAGUUCCGUAAGCUCCUCUCCAAGGAGCGCAACCCGCCCAUUGAGCGCGUUAUCGAGACGGGCGUAGUGAGCCGCUUUGUCGAGUUCCUUCGCUCGCCGCACACACUGGUACAAUUCGAGGCCGCCUGGGCCCUUACCAACAUCGCCUCUGGUUCGGCACAGCAGACACAGGUCGUCAUCGAGGCGGGCGCAGUGCCCAUCUUUGUCGAGCUGCUCAGCAGCCACGAGCCAGACGUGCGCGAGCAGGCUGUCUGGGCCCUAGGUAACAUUGCUGGAGAUAGCCCCGCAUGCCGCGACUUUGUGCUGCAGGCGGGUGCUCUCCGCCCGCUGCUUGCUCUGCUGGGUGACAGCCGCAAGCUGAGCAUGCUGCGCAAUGCCACAUGGACCCUCAGCAACUUCUGCCGUGGCAAGACCCCUCAACCCGACUGGCAAACUAUCCAGCCCGCUCUUCCCGUGCUUGCUAAGCUCGUCUACUCCCUUGACGACGAGGUCCUCAUCGACGCCUGCUGGGCCAUCUCAUAUCUGUCCGAUGGCUCCAACGACAAGAUCCAGGCCGUCAUCGAGGCUGGCAUCCCCCGCCGUCUUGUCGAGCUGCUGAUGCACGCCUCCACAUCGGUCCAGACACCCGCCCUGCGCUCGGUCGGUAACAUUGUCACUGGCGAUGACGUCCAGACCCAAGUCAUCAUCAACUGUGGCGCGCUCCCAGCCCUGCUGUCGCUCCUGAGCUCCACCAAGGAUGGUAUCCGUAAGGAGGCUUGCUGGACCAUCUCCAACAUCACCGCCGGCAACUCUACCCAGAUUCAGGCUGUCAUUGACGCCAACAUCAUUCCUCCCCUGAUCCAUCUCCUCCAGAACGGCGACUUCAAGACACGAAAGGAGGCAUGCUGGGCCAUUUCCAACGCCACAAGCGGUGGUCUGCAGAAGCCUGCCCAGAUCCGUUACCUCGUCCAGAGCGGCUGCAUCAAGCCCCUGUGUGACCUGCUCGCGUGCCCCGACAACAAAAUUAUCCAAGUCGCCCUUGACGGUCUAGAGAACAUUCUCAAGGUCGGAGAGAUGGACAAGGAGGCCGGCGAGGGUGGUGCUGGCGGCGAGCCCAUCAACCGCUACGCCCUCUUCAUUGAGGAGGUUGGUGGUAUGGAGAAGAUCCACGAGUGCCAGAACAAUGCCAACGAGGAGAUUUACAUGAAGGCGUACAACAUUAUCGAAAAGUACUUUUCCGACGAUGAGGGAGAGGCGGAGAACAUGGCCGAGGGCGGACCCCAGGUCAACCAGGAGGGUCACUUUGGCUUUGGAGCUGCUGGUCAGCAGCAACAACAAAACUUCAACUUUGCCAACGGAGGCGACUCAAUGGACAUGUAA